UUUUAUUUAUAAAGUCACAUGAUUUUAUAAACAUGUAUUUUUUUCUUUUAUGUUUUUAAUUAACAAGCAAGUCACGCAAACUAUUGUUUUUUUUCUUUCAGGUUGGAAAUAUUUGUAUAUCUUAAAACACAAUGUCGAAUAAAGACAGUAAUAAUGAUGGAGCUUCAGGCUCUUCACAGAUGGAUAAAGACACAAAUGACGACGAGGCGUUAGGCAAUUCAUGGACGUUGACAGAAGAUGGAAUGAAAAGACAUUUGACAGAAGAUGGAAUGAAAAGACAUUUGAGAGAACAGGAAUGGGAACAACUUGGUCAUGAAAUUUCGUUAACGGGACAUGAAAUUUCGUUAACGAUAAAGAAAUGUGAGCCUUCGUUCAAUACAACGACACAACAACACAGUGAUGUCCAAUAUGGCGCUGAAACAGGACAGAUGAAUUGA